AUGGCAGACAUAGAUGCAGUUCUUUUCAUGGUUGCCAGACGGAAUAUCCGGCGAAAAGCCGUGCGUAGCCAAACCAAGAAGAGAUUCAGACUUCAUCAGAACGUGCAACAACUGCCCGAUGAGCUACUAAUACAGCGAUGUCGUUUUGACAGAGAGACAAUUAAAUACUUAUGUGGCGUUUUAAAUGACAAACUGGUCAAUCCGUAUGCGCAUAACCACCCUUUGUCAUUGGAGGCGAAAAUCUGCGCUGCUCUGGCCUACUAUACCAGCAACUCUUUCCAGACAGCCGUGGGGAAUUUUGUAGGAGUGUCACAGUCGACCAUCAGCCACGCCGUCACCCACGUCACAGAUGCUCUGGUGGAAUUAGGCGAGCAGUUCAUUCAGUUCCCUCCCCCCGAGUCGCACCAGCGGGAGAAGCAGCAGUUCUGCAACAUUGCGGGGUUCCCUGAUGUUCUGGGGGUCGUGGGGUGCAUGCACAUUGCAAUCAGGGCGCCCCCUGGGGACCCACACACCUUCCUCAACCACAAGUCUUUUCACUCUCUGAAGGUUCAGAUAACAGCAGAUGUGAACUCCACCAUCACCAGUGUGGUGGCUCGAUUCCCUGGGUCCUCCAAGGACUCUUUCAUCUGGAGUAAGAGCCCAAUGGCAGCACGUUGUGCUGCUGGCUGUCUAGGCACAGGACAUCUCCUUGGAGGGUCUGGGUACCCCCUCCGGCCCUGGCUCCUCACCCCAGUUCGCCAUCCAUCCUGUAGAGCAGAGGAGCUUUAUAACGAGGCCCUGAAGAAGACCCACAGCACGGUGAUGAGGACCUGCCAGCUCCUGAAGAAGCGCUUCCGCUGCCUGGAGGGGACCAGGGUCCUGAACUGCUUCCCUGAGAAGUGCGGCCGCAUCAUCAUUGCUUGCUGUGUCCUCCAUAACAUCGCCGUUUCCCGUGGUGUGGAGCUGCCACCCAACGAGGGAGCAGCACCAGGGCAGAGGGACAGACGGGACAGCAGGGAGGAGGAGGAAGAGGACAAGGAGGAUGAAGGAGACGAGGAAGAGGACACACAUUACCACCUUGGCAAGCAAAAACGAGAAGCCAUCAUUCAGCAGCACUUUGAAAAACUGUGA